CAAGUUGUCGAAGAUGACGAGCUGGUCCAGGGAUCUCCACCUCGCGUACUCCACCAUUAGCUGGAGGCCAAGAGGCGAUGGCGAAACGCACUGAGACGUAGCUCUUGCAACGCUGAACACCAACAAGAGUGCCAGCAAGCAUCAGAAGUCCACGAACUCUUCGUGCGACACCUGAACGCAGCCAAACGAAGUCCGCCUCGUACUUUCUUGUUGAAAGGGUAAAACUAACGCCAGUUUGUGACAAGCCCGGGUUACGUUUGGUCGAAGCAACAGUACCGGAUAUCAAGUCGAACUGGGAAAUAAUGCCGCCAAAUAUUGUGAACGAUUCAACUGCCUUGGGGGUGGAGUUUCAAAGGGUGGCAGGAUGCAAACAAGACAAUAUCGUGAUUGCGAAAAAAAAUCCGGCCAUUAAUAAGAACCCUAAGAAAUCGUCCGAGGGACCGUUUGGGUUUGAAACAACUCUGAUCUGGCCGAAUAUCGUCAGCAUCGCCGUGUUGCAUUUAAUCGGGAUGUACAUGGCCUACACAAUUCCAUUUCAAUGCAGAAAACUUACUUUAUUUUGGGGACUUUUAAUCGGGAUGUCGAGUGGAUUUGGAGUGACCGGUGGCGUUCAUCGUCUCUGGAGUCAUCGUUCCUACAAAGCAAAGUGGCCUCUUCGUGUCAUCCUUAUAAUAUGCUAUUCCAUCGCUGGUCAGAAUACGAUUUACGACUGGGUGCGUGACCAUCGGGUCCACCACAAAUACACGGAAACUGACGCAGAUCCACAUAAUAGUAACAGAGGGUUCUUCUUCGCUCAUGUGGGGUGGCUUAUGAUGAGAAAACAUCCGGAAGUGAUACGUCGAGGGCGUCAAGUAGAUAUGACCGACGUUCUUUCCGAUCCGAUAGUCCAAUUUCACCAGAGGUAUUUUUGGCAAAUGAAGCUCCUGUUCUGUUUCGUUAUUCCGAUAGUGGUGCCGGUCUAUUUUUGGAAUGAGACCUGGUACAUCUCCAUAAUGAGCCAGAUCUUCAUACGCUACAUAGCGGGUCUUAAUUUUACCUGGUUGGUAAACAGUGCAGCUCAUAUGUGGGGAACAAAGCCUUACGACAGCGGCAUAUCGCCGGUGGAAAAUUUGAGUGUAGCCAUAGUGGCAAUGGGAGAAGGGUGGCAUAACUACCAUCACGUGUUUCCAUGGGAUUACAAGGCGGCCGAACUCGGCAAUUACACUUUCAACGUGACGACUUUCCUUAUCGACAUGUUCGCCAAAAUUGGAUGGGCCUACGACCUUAAGCAGCCCUCAGCUGCGCUUGUGAGGAAAGUCGCAGAAAAGCACGGGGACGGUUCGCACCACGCAUGGCGCGAGGCUCCCGAACCGGAAGAGCAGUGGAAAUAAAAAACGCUCGGAUUUUUAUCUUGUUACAGAUUUGGAUUUUUGCACUACGUUGAAGUCCCAGGCAGGCACUUAAUUCGGCGCAAUAAUCAAGUAAAAAAGGAUGAAAGUUAGUACUUUUUAGUUGCAAAUCCGAGAACUUGAUCCAAGGGUAAUUCGGUGACGCUGAAUGGAAUGGUUAUGAUAAUUUUGCAAUCGAGCCUCGAGAUCGUUAUAAAAAAAAGGGGUUAAACCGUUUUAUUCGUGACCUAAUAACUUUAUCAAAAAAAUAUGUUAAGCGUGUAUUUGUACCUUCAAAAGUAAGGGAGGGAAAAAACGAAAAACCAUUUAUAUUGGUGGGGGGAUUUUAAAAAGUGGAAUAAUAUUAAAUUUGUAUAUAUGUCGGAUUCUUUGGUUGCAUAUCGCUUUAGUAAGAGUUCAAUCCAGCGUCACCGAAUUUACCCUCAAAUCAAGUUUUCGCAUUCAUACCUAAAAAGUAUCACGUUUUGAUUUUUUUCUCGGCCUACAAACAGUAGGUUGUUGAACUUGCAGCGCAGAAUCUGUUUAAAUUUGUUGUGUAUUUAUUUUCGAUCGGCGCUGAUACAGAUAAGAAUAACGACAUCAAAAUUCUAGAGAUUACGUCGGUAAUUAUCGUGUAUAUCGUUAUAUUCACUUGGCGAUACUGAUAUAUUCUGUUACUGUUAUUUUUAUAUCUAUUUUCCCAUGGGUAAAACUAUUGCUAGUCAUAAAUGCGCGUAUUAUGAUACGCGAAAAUUGAACUUACAAGUACAUACAUGGAUCGAAUGUGCUAACGCUCCAACAUUGUCAUGGUAUGUACGGAAUCGCAUCUAAUUGUUAAUUCAUAAGUUAUAAAAGUAUGGAAAUAAAAAAAUACCACAUUCCUGCAA